UCAAUGGCUUCCAACUCGAUGAAUUUCUUCACAACUCUGCUCCUUCUCACCACCUGCCUCUCCUAUGUCGCUUCUUUUGAGUUUCAAGUGGGUGACACCAAAGGCUGGGUGGUUCCGCCGGCCAACGACACCAGAAUCUACAACGACUGGGCCUCGGAAAACAGAUUCCGAGCUGAAGACUCCGUCCGUUUCCGGUACAAGAAGGACUCGGUGAUGGAAGUGACAGAAGAAGAGUACAAGAGAUGCAACUCCACACAGCCGAGCUUCUUCUCCAACACCGGCAACACUGUGUUCCAUUUCGGCCGAUCGGGGACCUUCUACUUCAUCAGCGGCGCCAAUGGACACUGCGAGAGGGGACAGAGAAUGAUCGUGAAGGUGAUGGCCCAAGAUGAAGCUUCCUCCACCUCCCCUAAUUCCGAGAAAUCCUCUGCUGCUAGGAUUCGAACUUCGUCACUAGGAUCUCUGAAAUUCGUAUUUACUCCAUUAGCUGUGUGGGGUUUUGCUUCAAUCCUGUUGUAG